UACUUUUAUCAUUUCUGCAUUUUUUUUCUUCCCUCUCUAGACGUUAAUACUGAAGUAUCAACUACUAAUUGUUUUCGUUUUAGAAUGUCGGGAAGUGUGGCAGACUGCCACGUAGGGAAUGAUGCUUCUCAUCUCAAAGAUCAACCUUAUAUUCUUCUCUACAGCAACUAAAUUGAGAAAUUCAUAAUUCAUCUAAAAACACCCUGCAAUUUGCUCUGUACUCCAACCAUGGAUGAGUUAUUUUCAAAUAGGGAGGGCUCAUCAGCACAGAAGGGCCUUCUCAAAAGUCCAGCACUCCUUAAGUACAUCUUUGAAAGGAGUGGCUAUCCCAAAGAGCACGAGCAAUUGAAGCAACUCCGAGAGAUAACAGUGCAGAAAUACGGGGUUAACAGGAGUACGAUGAGUGUACCGGUGGAUGAGGCCCAAUUCCUAUCCAUUCUUCUAAAAAUCAUGAACGCAAAGAAAACACUUGAAAUUGGAGUAUUCACGGGUUAUUCUCUUCUUUCUACAGCUCUCGCUCUUCCUUCUGACGGCAAGAUAAUAGGAAUUGAUGUCGACAGACAAGCGUACGAGACUGGAUUGCCCUUCAUUCAGAAGGCAGGAGUGGAGCACAAAAUUGACUUUAUCCAAACGGAUGCAUUAUCUGCCCUCCAUGAUCUUAUAAAUGGCAAACAUGAAGAAACAUUUGAUUACGUGUUUGUGGACGCUGACAAGAAAAAUUUUAUAAAGUAUCACGAGCUGCUGUUAAAAUUGGUGAAGAAAGGUGGAAUAAUUGCAUAUGACAACACUUUAUGGCUUGGUACGGUGGCUAUGUCUGAGAACAAUGAUAAAAUUGAAGAUAGCUUAUGGCAAAAUAGGGAGCCUACACUCGAAUUCAACAACUAUAUAGCAAAUGAUACUCGCAUUGAAUCAACAAUUCUGUCGAUCGCGGAUGGUGUAACUCUUUGCCGAUGUCUUUAAUCUCUUUAAAGGGAAGGGAGACAUAACAACAAUAAUGAAGAUGCAUGGUUCAAAUACACAAAUAUUAUAUAAAUAAAUUUGUCAUUAAAUUUAUAGCCAAGCAAACCAUAGAGCGAAGGCAGGAUUGUUGAGAACAUAGCAAAUAAAUUAGUUUGUAAUGCUUUGCAUGUUUUAUACCUCUACUCAUAAGAAAGAGUACUACAAGAAAUAUGAAGAUGUUUAAUAAUGACCCAAUAAUGGGUGGUCGAAUAAGUCCAACCUAUCAAUUUUGUUAGGCCAUUAAUUUUCUCCCUGUAUGGCCUUUUAAUUUUAUAAGUUUCAAAAUAUCCAAAUUA